CUCUCAACACAGGUCAAAAUGAUGACUGCUUGGUCCAAUAACAUGGAGUGGUCGUGUGAUCAGUUUUGUGGAAUUGAAGCAGUUCCAGCAAAAAAAGAUAUGUUAUGGUCUCCGGACAUUAUUAUCAAAGAAAGCAUCAAAACAGAGUUUGGAACAAAGGAGUCUCCAUAUGUACAGUUACUCUGGUGGGACCUGUCAGUCUCAGUUGAUAUUUUAGCUCUGACCACUGCUUGUAAGAUGGACCUCUACAAAUUUCCCUUCGACACUCAAAACUGCAAUAUAACACUUCACUCUGCAGUGCAUACAAUUGAUGAGCUUACCAUUGAUCCAUUCUCUAAUAAUAAAAACAUUACCCAUGACUCCAAGGAGUUCUUUCAGGCCCAGGGAGAGUGGGAACUCAUCAGUAUAGAUACUUCUAAAUCUAAUGCCAAUCUUCUAGAUCAUUUACAGGAUCUGCUGAUAUAUAAGAUCACCAUCAGGAGGAGACCUCUACUGUAUGUCAUAAACAUUAUAAUACCAGUAUUUUUCUUCCUUGUGCUGGAUGUGACGUCCUUCUUCAUAAAUGCCAGUGGAGCAGAUAAGCUGAGCUUUAAAGUGACUUUACUGCUGUCUAUUUCUGUUUUGCUGCUGAUUCUUAAUGACACGCUGCCCUCUACAGCUGAUAAAAUCCCACUGAUUGGGGUUUACUGCAGUGUAAUUUUUAGUCUUAUUGGUAUCAGCAUUCUGGAGACCAUCUUUGUGACUUUUCUUAUGGCUAAAGGAGCAGAGAAGAGAUCAGUGGAAAACACAGCUGCUGUUAGUGGCCGAGAUAAUGUGGGAUACCUGCAGAGCCCUCCAGAUCAGAAUGGGGUGCAGAGAUCACUGUGGACUACAGUGGCAAGAAUCAUAGAUGUGACCUUCUUGGUUCUUUACCUAAUCACCAUUAUUGUGUUUCUGACUAUCCUUGGGAAGAGUUGGAUUUUCUAAUGUCUUGUAUACAUGAAAUGCCACAAAAUGUAGAGUUUAUACAUGGUUUAUACCACCACUAGGGUGUUAAAAGUAAUCCUUGAAACUGCAUAUC